AUGGCUCAUACAUCAACUACACGUCUACCCAAUGAAUUACUGGCACUCAUAUUCGGCCAAUUUUGUCUUCACUGUCAAGAUGCCUACAACGAAUCUUGGGACCAAAGGCCACUUCGACCCAUAGAAUCUGACCGAAAGCUACAACAGGCCAACGCUAAGCCUUGGUACGCUAUCGGUAGACAGGCUCUCUGUUCGCUGUCCUUGACCUGCAGACAAUUCAGAGACGUUGCUCAGUCUGUUCUGUAUCAUGAAUUCGUUUUGGGCUAUGGUGAUUCGUGGUACUCAGACGCUUAUCAGUGGGAAGAUCGCCUUGCGCCAUUUAUCCGCACCCUGGCUCGCCGACCUGAUCUUGCCCGUCUUGUCAAGGUUAUUCAUAUCAGCCACCACACCUUGAGUACCUCGGAAGACAAAGAGCAGUCUCGCCGAAAUAUCCUCCUAGAGGCAGCCACCGCUCUCGGUGUAAACCUCCCGGCGGCCUGGAAGAAGCGUGUGGAGAUUCGGGACUCUAUAUGUCUGUCGGACAAGUUUGACUGGCCAGAUGUUUAUCCCAUAUUUAGCGAGUUUUAUCUUGAUGAUCAUCCCAGAAUGACAGAGAAGCAAGAACGGCAACUCAGGAGGGCAAUGACUCAGAAGUCGAUGCCCGGUCGCCGCUGGAUGAACGCCGAACUGGUAGCGAUGCUUCUAGCCCAUGCGCCAAAUAUUGAUAUUAUCAGCAUUCAAAGCAGCCCUGGUUGGCCAACGUGCGGCAUUGCAGAGUCUUCAUUGCCUGCGCUUGGUAUCACACAUUUGCCAGUCAAAAGGUUAGCCCUAGGCAUGUUGGCUGGGCCCAUAAUCAAGAUCUCUGGCAAUCUUAAGACCCUGAAUCUCCAGAAAUACAUAAGUGACCUGGGAAGUGCAAAGAUAGAAAUGCCUUGUUUGAAGACUUUGAGGAUCAUAGAUGGCUUUCUAUCAGCUGAGCGACUAUCAAACGUCCUGGAAGGCUGCACCGGAGGUCUGGUUUCUUUUGAAUAUGAAGCCGGGCAAAACCGACGGCAAAUUAAUGAUCGGACUCCAGAUGAUACGAUGUUCCAAUUGUCUGAUGCGAUUGACUCACUCCAGCGUCAUAAGAGCACCCUUCAGAUACUGCACCUGGAUCUCAGUGCUAGACAUCGCAAUAUCAGGAGAGCCAGACCAGGAGUUAAUAUGAGGGACUUCACGGCACUAAAACAUCUCUGGAUCAGCAUUCUUCUGUUAUUUCCCAACCCUUUCCCCCCAAAAUUAGGAAUACCAGUCAAUGCGGCGAUGGCAACAGCCGAUGCGGAGAUACUUGUGGAAUUCCUCCCUCGCUCCAUCGUUUCACUUGAAAUCCAUCACGAUAGUAGACAUCUCGUGAGUAACGCUUUACAUGGGCUCCUAGCAGUGAAGAGUGACAAGUUCCCGCUUCUCAAGGUUGUCUGCGGACCAGGGGGCAGAGGAAACCUCGGUCAGGCAUUUGAAGCGGCGGGUGUCAAGUUCAGUACCUCGGUACAUCUCUGUCGGGCGAAAACUUAUCUUCAAGGGCUGAAUACAGACAGUCGCCUUGAGUUUCCGGAUUGGGGCAGCGACGACUAG